AUAUUUGUGGAGGCGCCAGUAGGAGUCUCUGGUCUCCAUAGUAACAUGGCUGCCUUCCAUAGAGGAGCCUCCAGCUAGCCUUACAUUCUUUGCCAAGAGCACUGAUUGUUUCCCCAAAAUCCGCCUUCCUCUCGCGUUUCUUGUGCUUCUAACAUCUACUGAUCCUCCAGCAGGACGGGUGAGAGAACUUUAGCAGACUUUAUCGAGCUUUUAAAGGUGAGAAGCGUCUUUUUUUACCUUUCUGGUCUAGGCUAGCUUCAAUGCUGUCAUCGCUGCUCCGGAAGUCGUGAGGAGGAAAAAGGCAAGAACGGAAUGAAAAAAGAUCAAGUGGAGCAAACGUCUGACCCCGAAGCCUUCCAGGACAGCAGGACACCGUGAAGACAUACUUUUCCCCCGACUUUGUGGAGCCCCGAUCGCCGUCUUUCGCCGAGCCAGACAUGGGCUUGCCGACGCUGGAGUUCAGCGACUCUUUCCUGGACAGCCCGGAGUUCCGAGAGAGGCUCCAGUGCCAUGAGAUCGAACUGGACCGAACCAACAGGUUUAUCAAAGACCUCAUUAAGGAUGGAAACAUGCUCAUAUCUGCACUCACAAGUCUUUCUCUGGCUGUGCAACGCUUCUCACAGUCCCUGCAGGAGUUCCAGUUCGAGUGCAUUGGAGACGCAGAGACCGAUGACGAGAUCAACAUUGCUCAGUCGCUGAAGGAGUUCUCUCAGCUGCUGAGCACCAUGGAGGAGGAGAGAAAGCGGCUGAUCCAAAACGCUGACGAUGUGUUGAUCUCGCCACUCGAGAGGUUUCGCAAGGAGCAGAUCGGCGCUGUCAAGGAGGGAAAGAAGCAGUUUGACAAGGAGACAGAGCGGUACUACUCAGUCUUGGACAAACACCUCAGCCUGUCCUCCAAGAAGAAGGAAUCACAGCUGCAGGAGGCUGAUUCGCAGAUGAGCAAAGACCGGCAGGUGUUCUACGACGCUUCGCUGCAGUAUGUCUUCAAGAUCCAAGAGGUUCAGGAGAGGAAGAAGUUUGAGUUUGUGGAGCCGUUGCUGGCCUUCCUGCAAGGCUUGCUGACCUUCUACCACGAAGGCUAUGAGCUGGCCAGCGAGUUUGAACCUUACAAGCAGCAGCUGCAGUUCAACCUGCAGAAUGCCCGAAACAACUUUGAAAGCACCCGUGCCGAAGUGGAGAGGCUAAUGAAGAGGAUCCGGUCUGCCGAGGAGGACUUUAAAGCCCCAGGCUGCUUCACCAUGGAGGGAUAUCUGUACAUACAAGAGAAACGUCCUCUGGGUAGCGUGUGGACCAGGUACUACUGUACAUAUGACAAGAGUUCUAAGAUGUUCACCAUGAGCAACACAGAGGCCCGGCCCACUGGCCGACAGAACGGCGUGCUGAACGGGGCGCCGGAGAUGUUCAAGCUUCGCUCGUGUGUCCGAAGGAAGACGGACUCCAUCGACAAACGUUUUUGCUUUGACAUCGAGGUGGUAGAGAGACAUGGCGUCAUCACCCUACAAGCGCUUUCUGAGGCCAACCGCCGCCUGUGGAUGGAAGCCAUGGACGGGAAAGAACCUAUCUACACUCUGCCGUCUCUGCUCAGCAAGAAAGAAGAGACGUUCCUCAAUGAGACAGGCUUCAGCUUCGUGAGGAACUGUAUCGAGCUGGUGGAAAGUAGAGGCCUCACCACUCUGGGCCUCUACCGGACCGGGGGAGUGAACUCCAAAGUGCAGCGCCUGAUGACAAGCGUGUUUGCAUCCACUUCUGCUUCGGGCACACGGCUGGACGCCGAUGCUUGGGACAACAAGACCAUCACUAGUGGCCUGAAGAACUAUUUUAGGUGCUUGGCAGAACCGGUCCUGACUUACAGGCUGCAUAAAGAUUUUAUCAAAGCUGCAAAGUACGAUGACCAGAAGCAUCGGGUGAGAGCCGUCCACACUCUCGUCCACAGACUACCGGAGAAGAACCGAGUCAUGCUGGACCUCUUGACCAGUCACCUCCUCAAGGUCUCCACCCACUGCGAUCAGAACCUGAUGACCGUGUCCAACCUGGGCAUGAUAUUCGGCCCCACCCUGAUGAGGUCGCAGGAGGAGACGGUGGCGGCCAUGAUGAACAUCAAGUUCCAGAACAUCGUGGUGGAGAUCAUCAUCGAGAACCACGAUAAGAUAUUUGGCGAGGCCCCGGACCUGUCGGUGCCGUUACCUCAAGCUCCAACUUCUCGAGCGACUCCUCGGAGGAGCAAAGCCAUCUGUCUGUCAUCGGGGAAGAGGAAGCCACGCCUCUACCCGCCUGCUCUUUGCCUGGCGGACAAUGACAGCGACACCUUCAGCAGCAGCCCGGGCACCACCCCCAUGGGCAGCCAGGAGUCUCUGUCCUCGCACUCGUCAGAGAAGAACGGCGUGUCGCAGGCGUCUCCCUCCUCUUCGCCUCCUCCCACUCAGCCAAGUCCCUCCUCUCAAUCGGAGCCUUCUCCUUCCUGCGCCUCCAAUGGAGAGGACGGCAAAUGGCCGAAAGAAGACGUAGCCGCCCCCAGCAAGCAGGCAUCGUCUGUGACUUCAUCCACGUCGUCGUUGCGCUCCGCAGCUGAGAGGACGGAUUCUACUAUCUCCUUGUCAUCUGCGAAGGGGUCCAGAUCUAUUUCAUCCUCAUCCACCGUCCACCUCUCCUCCUCAGAGUCUCCUCUCAGGGAGGGUCGUUCAGUCCAGAGAGUAUCUUCCGUUGUGUCCCUUAAAAGCACAGUGGACCCAAUGGAAGCUUCCACGAUGGGAAAAGACUCUUCACCUCCUCCCCAGCAGCACAGGACCACAUACAGGACGGCCUCCUCCUCCUCUUCCUCUUCCUCAUCCUUGUUCCCCUAUCAGCGGUCCACAUCGUCCUCCCUCACCUCCCUGCACAUCUCUGAAGAUUACAGAAGCUGUCACGGCUCCGUGCAGAGCUUGGCCUCGCUGGACCCACGGGAGGCCAAGCGCAAGAUCUCCCACAUCCGCAGAAGCUCUGACGUCAAGCACUCCAUGUCUAGCAAUGGCUACCAGAGGCCCGGAUCAAGCCUGUCAGUACGCGUUCAACAGCGGGACAGCUCAGUGUUCUCCUCUGCUUUGGACAUUUGUCCUUCCGGAAGGGAAGCAAAAGCUCUGUAUUCCUGCGAGGCAGAGCACAGCCACGAGCUCAGCUUUCCACAGGGGGCGCUGUUUUCAAACGUGCAUCCGUCCGUGGAACCAGGUUGGCUCCAGGCGACCUACAAAGGCAAGACGGGCCUCAUUCCGGAAAACUACAUUGUGUACACCUGAAUGACCUUGUGAUGUCAUCACACUGCUGACUGCCUUGAAGACUUCUCCUUUAGGAAAGUGCUAAUCUGUGUCAAACAGUGGCUUUUAUCAUGUAGCUCCAAUCACUGAACACUGUGUCUUGACUGAUACACCCACUGGCAACAACAAUAGGUACACCUGCACCGUCUCAUGUGCCACAUUCCCCACAUGAUCUUUGUAAAUGUAGAAUUUUUCAUACAGCUUUUGUAUUGCCUCCUAAUAGACAGUGCAGGUGUACACUGUUUACUGUAUUCCCCCCACAGCAAUAAUGUUGUUUUUUCAUGGAUUUUACUAAUUUAACUCUUUCUAAAGGUCAGUUGAACUGUCAGAGCUGAUCAAGUGGAAGUUACUGAGCUGAGGCUUCCUCCUGCUGCCACCAUCCCUUGUCUGCAUGUCCUAAUAAAGGACACAUCCUUGAUGUAUACAGCCUGUC